AUGAAUAGCUCAAUCACGAUGAGGAACAAUACAAGCAUGUUCUUUCGUACCGAAUUCAUCCCAGUUAUAUGCAUAUUCGGCACAACAUCUUCUUGUCAGUGCGAUCACUUGAGGCUCUCUUUUUUCCGCAGGAGCUUGUGGUAUACGUAUCAAAUGCAAAAAUGUCUGGGUCUGGAAGAAUGCGCGACUUGUCAUGCUGCUUUUCCAUGACCCGUGAGGUUUGGAAUGCAGGACCUAGCAUGACAGAUUCUGCGGGACCUUUCUCAUGCCUAUUCUGCAUGAGAAACUCCCUCCCGAGUUGGUCAAAACUGGACGACUUUUGGUAAUCAUGCAACACAGAUUUUUGCAUGCUGCAGAUUUAGCAUGACAAAUUGCAAUCGUCCAGACCCAGACAUUUUUACAUUUGAUAAUACGGGUCAUAGUCCAAUUUAUGCACCCAGCAUAACUUAUGGAGGCGUCAGAAUCGAAAUUGACAAAAUCGAAAAACUUGCGAUGCAUAAAAUCGAUACCAGUUUGAGCCUCAGUUUGCAAGCGGCGCAUGACAAAUUUCGGGAGAACCCAAAUCCAGUCUGUCACGCUGUUUGGGCAAAGACGACUGCUCCCGCCAUGCUACUCUGGCAGCACAUUGCAUACCCCUAAGCAGGCUUACAAUCGGUCUCAUUUGCCUGCUCCCCAAUACAGGCCUGCAGUGCCCUACAUUUUAUGCAUCACAAAUUUUUCGACUUUGUCGAUUUCGAUCCUGACACAUCCAUAUAACUCCGCCUAAUAGCUCUUUUGGUGCGAGAAAGGACAGCCUUUCUUGCUUUUGUGCUGCACAAGAUUUUUUGGCGCAGGAUUUUUUGUUUUCAUCGGGGUCGAUGCAAGACAAAAAAAAAGUAUAGUACUGAAGUCCCUACCCUUGAUACCAUAGCGAUAUUUAUAGUUCUUUCUCCUCUUUUGAUGUCUUGUUGUUGGUUUUUCUGUAGUUGCACUUCAUCUUCGAGUGCGACGUCAGGAAUGCUUUAUCCAGCAAGUCGUGGAGAUUCAUCGAAGUGGUGGACCUUAGUACCCCUAAGGAUAGAUAGAUCUUCAACAGGUAUAGUUACUUUGGAAGAAACUUAGUGACUCGACCUGAUGCAGAGAGCCGAGGAAACUUUUUUUUUUCCAAGGAUCACCUGCUCCUGCACAUAGCUGUAUCGCUAACCGUUAGACAAACGGGCGAACAAAGAAACUCCGUCGAGAUUUUUAACCCUCUAUUUUCAGCGUCUAGUAGUUUUCCGCAGGACAAAACGGACUGGAGCCGGUAGCGCACGAUGCGGGUGACGUAUUGUAGCUGCUUACGGUUCACCAGCUCUGUGCAAUUAUUUGCGGUAAAACCAUGCUGACUCGUACAAAAGAGUAGAACAACCUAGAAAUUCACAUACCUUAUCUACCAACCUUAUGAUUCUGAUCCUGGGGUUUUAGGAGUACCAUGUGACAACAAUGCGAGACGGAGGAGGAUGCUCCAAGCACAAGCUCAUUUUUCAGAAACUCAAAAGUUGAUGCUGUAGCAAAACCACAAAGUAAAUACUUUUUUUUGCACAAACACAACUCUAGGUAUACAUAGACAAGGACUCAGGUCUUGUACGUUCUAGAAAACGAACACUAUGCUACGCCUACGCAAUAAUGCGGUGCGUGCCGCAGCCCAUGAUCAUGAUGGUAUGGCAACCACCAUCAAAUUACAAUUAGAAGUUCCAGGAGAAGUGGUGCCAUCAUAGUAGAAGUGGUGCCUUCCUCAUGAUCCACAUGAUUUUGAGAGCGAGAGCACAACUACAAAUAAGUGAACAACUACAAAUAAAACACCUCAGGACUCAGAAUUCUGGACUCCUUGAUAUUUUUAUGUGUGUUGUUGCUACGCCCCAUUAGCAACUGGCGAGAAAAAUGAAAUAAAAAGUAGACUACUUCUACUACCGAGGUGGGAGGUGCACGCAGCUGCCGGUGUCGUGGUAGUGACACUAGCUGCACCUGGAGCUGCGCCGGAUGAAAUUCCAUGAUGUCGUGUGUUUGAUUUGGACAGUCGUGCUCAGCUCCACCCUUCUUGUGCAGAGCGACGGAGAACGAGAAGGAGAAG